AUGCAAAAUGGGAAUCUACACGAGGAUCCAAGUUUUGACAUGCCACAGGACAUUGCGUUGGCAGUUGAAGCUUUGACUGAGCUAAAGAAUUCACAUGGACAGGAGACGCAACAGCAGCAACAGGAUACGCUCUUGGAUAAAGUGAAAUCCAAUUCGUUGAUCUACAAUGCUGUGAGAGUUUAUGAACAGAGUAAAAACCAGUAUCCGAGCUUCAAAAAGGGUGCCGAGAUGGUGGAACGUAAAGCGCUGAUUCCUAUGGUCAAACGACUCGAGGAGAGACGUAGCCAUAAACGCCGCCUUGAGAAUCAGAGAACAGCAGAGGAGAGUAGUGAAAAUACCGAAAUGCAAGAUUCAGAGCCUGAAAACGAGGUCGACUCCGAAUACGAAGCGAUUUGCCAGAGGGCCAGCAACAACAAUGAAACUCGAAGAAGAACGUCCAAGAAACAAAAGAUUUCCAACGCUAUAGCUAAGUCCAAAAAAAAUCUUAAAGGCUACCAGCUCAAUAUGUCAAUUGAGUCCAAAAAGCGGCUAGUGACGUGCCUGCACCUGUUGAAGCUUGCCAAUUAUCAGCUUUCCAACCGGGUCAGCUUUUUGCAAGAUCUGGUACAAAAGGAACAACAAAUCAGGCGUGGGAGAAUACGCGAAAAUCUUAAUAGAACGCAGAGCCGCGGUAAAAAGAACAGCAGAUCUAGGCGUCGUCCCGACUCCAGCAGAUCUGCCAGCGGGGAAGGAGGUAUUACUGAAGGUGAGAAGCAUAAAAAGAUUGACGAAGAGCAGGGCGAGAAGUCCCAAAAAGAAGGGGACGAGAACGAGGACGAGGACGAGGACGAGGACGAAGAAGAUGGCGAGGACGAAGGAGAUGACGAAGAAGAUGACGAUGACGAUCGCUUCUAUGACGCCUCUGAUAAUAUCGACGAACAAUCCAAUGUGGUGAAGAUGGAGAUUGUUGGAACCGUCAAGAAAGUUUAUUCUCUGGUUUCUAAGUUUACGGGCAACUCAUUGCCGGAGCCAGCUCGUACUCAAGUCCGAGAGUCUUUACUGAAGCUGCCCUCAGAUUGGACAUCAUCCAUGAAUUCAGAAAACUUGGCCACAUAUACACAUUCUAAAGGCCUAAGUCCCAACGGAAAGGUUCUUAUCUUGGCGAAAGAAAGUUUAGGUAUGGUCCACAGCGUAAUGGAUGUGGUAGAUAAUACGUUGGGGAAGGCCGAAGAGUGGGUCAAGCAGAAGCAAGAGAUCAAGGAAUUGCUCAAAGAGCAGUAUCUCAAAGGGAAAUUACGCGACAAGGUGAAAAACCAAAUGUUCAAGGAAAGGGAAAUAAAGUAG